UUUCUUUGAUCUCUCUCUCUCUCUCUCUCUCUGAAUUUUUGAACGAACUUGCUAUUAGUAUUAUUAUUCUGAAUGUCGGUGGCAAAUUGAUCUGCGGUCUUUCUCUCAGUCUCAGGUUUGCUUUGCUUCUCGAUGGAAUUGUUAUUGCUAUUUCUAGGGUUUUGUUUUUCGCUUAGGGUUUCCUUUAUACUUGCCUAUUCCCAACUUAUAUUGGAUUUCCGCGAAUCUCCCACUCCUUAGGGUUUUUCUUCGCCAUUCCUCUGAUUUUUUCCCCUUGAGAAAUCAAACCCUAAUGGUCAUGGCCUUUGGUUUUCUUCCCCCCCAUUAGUGGAUUGCCGAUUGAUUUUGAUUGAUAUUCAUUAAAGAAAUCAAACCCUAAAUCAAAUAAUGAGGAGGAUUUAGGGUUUGGUUUCAUUAAUUAAUAUCUUUAAUCUAUAUGGGUGGUUUAUUUAGUUGCAACUUCAAACAAUGAAUCUGAACCUGAAUCUGAAUCUGUGUGAAUUAGUUGUGUGAAUCGGUGUGUUCUUUUUGGUUAUAUAUGUAUAAAUAGUAGAUACAACAACUAGGUAUGGAGUUAAAGAUAGCAAGAAGAGGGUCGGGAUGCUCAGUUUUUGAUCGUCUUGGAACACCAAACAACAGAGACACAAACAGAAACAGAAACAGAAACAGAAACAGUGUUGUUUGCAUCUUUUGGCGUAAUGGGAGAUGCCGCAAGAACCCGUGUAGGUUCCUUCACAGUGUCAGUGAGAAUGAAACUGAAGCAAAAAGGCCUGUAAACUAUGGUUCUGGCAGUGUUCAAAUUCAAAUAGAAGGUGUUCGUAAUGGAUCUGAACGCAACCCAUGCCCUAGAAAGAAACUUGCCAACAACACUUGGGUUUUGAGCAAGUACCCAAUUGUCAAAAAUGUAGUAGAAGUAGUUGCUUCGGAAUCUGAACAUCUCUACUGCCCUAGAAAGAGGCCUCACUGUGUUGUUACCGACAAGACUUCGGUUUUGAGCAAGUACCCAGUUGUCGAAGAUGAAGUAGAAGUAGUCGCUUCUGAUUCUGAACACCUCUUCCCCCCUAGAAAGAGGCCUCACUGUGUUGUUACUGAAAACACUUUGGUUUUGAGCAAGUCCCCAGUCCCAGAUCAUGAAGAUUGUCCACGCCCUAGAAAGAAGCCCCAAGUUCCAGAUCAUAACAAGUCUGAAGAUGAACUUCAAAAUCUUGUUGCUGCCAAGUCUAAGGAGGAAAACGAUGUUCCUAACAAUCCAUCGCCAACUGUUGCUAAUAACCCCUCUUCUGAAGAUGAAGAUGUUACUCCCAGCAAGUCCCUGGGAACUUUUGUUGAGCCUAACAAUUCAUUGCCAACUGUUGCUAAUAAUCCCUCUUCUGAAGAUGAAGAUGUUACUCCCAGCAAGUCCCUGGGAACUUUUGUUGAGCCUAACAACUCAUUGCCCACUUUUGCUAAUAACCCCUCUUCUGAAGAUGAAGAUGUUACUCCCAGCAAGUCCCUAAGAACUUUUGUUGAGGCUAACAAUUCAUUGCCAACUGUUGCUAACAACAACAGCAACAACAGCUCUUCUGAAGAGGAAGAUAUUACUCCCAGCAAGUCCCUGGAAAUUUUUGUUGAGCCUAACAAUUUAUUGCCGACUGUUGCUAACAACAACAGCACUUCCAAAGAUGAAAUUGUUACUCCCAGCAAGCCACUUGAAACUGUUUGUCAGUUCUGGGUUCAUGGCAAUUGUGCACAAGGGGAUCAGUGCCAGUACCUGCAUUCAUGGUUUCGCGCAGAUGGGUUAGGGAUCUUGGCAAACCUCCAAGGCCACAACAAGGCUGUCACGGGGAUUGCACUUCCUGAAAACAGCAACAAGCUCUACUCAGGCAGUAGAGAUGGAACAUUUCGGGUUUGGGACUGUGAUACAGGGCUGUGUGUUCGUGUCAAUGACCUUGGUACAGAGGUUGGAUCCCUUAUUUGUAGGGGCAUAUGGGUCUUUGUUGGCAUGACAAAUGUUGUUAAGGCAUGGAAUACUGAGUCUGGUGUGGAAUACAAUCUUGAUGGACCUGUUGGCCAAGUCUAUGCCUUGGAAACAACUGAUGAUGUACUGUUUGCUGGGGGCCAGGAUGGUGUUAUUAAGGCGUGGAAAGGCAGUUAUGACAAUCCCGCUUUCCAUCUGGUUGCAUCUCUUAAAGGCCACACAGGUGCAGUGUUAUCUUUAGUUGUUGGAUGCAACAACAAGAGACUGUACUCAAGUUCCAAGGACCAUACAAUAAGGGUUUGGGACAAUGAAACUUUUCAAUGUAUUGAGACACUGAGUGGGCAUACUGAUAUAGUGACGGCUCUUAUCUGUUGCAAUAAUUAUUUGUUGUCUUCUUCGUUGGACCGCACAAUAAAGGUCUGGGCUCUUGGUAAAGAAGGCAACUUGGAAGUAGUAUAUACACGUGCUGAAGAACAUGGUGUUCUAGCACUUUCUGGGAUGACUCUUGCAGAUAAUAAGCAUAUCUUGUUUUGCUCUUAUAAUGACAACUCUGUCCAACUAUAUGAACUGCCAUCAUUCACUGACAGGGGCAGAUUAUUUGCAAAACAAGAAGUUAAAGAAAUCCAAAUAGGUCCCUCUGGACUCGGACUCUUUUUCACAGGCGAUGAGACUGGUUUGGUAACAGUGUGGAAAUGGCUAGAAGAACUCCAAAACAGAAAGUAGCAGCCGAGACCCUCAGACCCCAAAACUAG